AUGACUCCUACACCGAUCAACGAAUUAACAGCGAAACUAGCUUCGACGACGUAUCCAAUGGCAGCUGAGGAGGUUGUCUCUUCCCCAAAGGUCGAGGAAGUGGACGACAGAUUCAGCGAUAGCAGCAGCGACCUCGAGUUAUGCUGCGACGAGGAGUGGCUCGCGUAUAAAAGGUUGCCGGAAAAAGAACCAGAGUGGGAUGUCGAUAGCUUUGAUGGUCGCGAAUUUAGAGACUACCCCAAUGUUCGUAGACUUUUCCCCACCCAGCAACUUUAUGACGAUUAUCUUGACGAAAGGCUCAAGGCUUUCGCGAGUAAGGGUUUUCUUCCAGAUCCUCUGAGCGAUAUUUUCGAAAUUUAUCUUGACGGACCGAAGAAAGGCUACAACACCUGUCGGGACUUCAUAGCAGAGCUUACGAAUGUGUGUGUUAAGAAAUUCAACGAGACUAAGGUAAAGACUUUGGAAUUGGUAAAUGUCUUGAGAGCUACACAUAGUGGAAUAGCUAAAUGGAAGGUGUACGUCACGUUUAUGGCUCGAGAGUAUCACGAGGGGCCUCUUGUUGAGUAUCAAGCCAAGGUGAUCUACUGCUUUGGAAACGACGACCAACCUCCUUUCCCAAUUCUCUGCAGGCCAAGUCCCAAACCGGAUUCACAAAAUUAA